CGUGAUUAGCUUAGUGGGCUAAGCGUAGAAACCUGUGCUCUUCUCUCUUGUCUGCCCCUCUCGAGUCUCAACUGCAGAGUUCUCCAUCACCAGUAACGUGACCACCAUUUGCCAACUGUCUGUUCCCUCUCUCUCUCCUCUCUCUUUCUCUCUCUAAAACUCCCUCUCCUCCUCCACUCCCCAAUGCAAUGCCCCCCUCCUCUUCAUCGAGAUUCGCCAACCAACAACCCCUUUAACAAUGCCCUGAAAAAUCUUUACACACAUCAUCUUCAUCAAUGGCGUCUCUAACACCAGGAGUUCUCUCCAAGCUCCUGGCGAACAAGGACGCGAAGGUCACCGGCAACCACCGCUCCGCGCUGCUCCAGGUAAUCGAGAUACUCCCCUCCGGCGAGGACCCGUGGCGGAGCCGAGGCUUCUUUCUCAAGGUCUCCGACUCCCUCCACUCGGCCUACGUCGCCGUCUCCGACUCUGACUCCGACAUGGUCUCCGCCGGCGAGGUCCAGAUCGGGCAGUUCGUGUACGCGGCGAGGCUGGACUCGGGGUCGCCGGUGCCGGUUCUCCGGGGGCUGAGGAUCGUCCCGAAGAGAAAGUCCUGCGCUUGCGUUGGGAAUCCCGUUGAGUUGGUCUCCAGCGAUCUUCUCUUCGCCAAAAGAUUACCGAGUCGUGAAGAGAUGAUCAUAAACAAGAAAACGCCAUUGCUCGAGAUGAGCAGAAGUGAAAAGUGCGUUGGGUUCGACAUGAGAAGACUGAGUUUGGACUCGGCAAGACGGGCUUGUUGGGAUCAGAAGAAUCCAAACGCCAUUGCUCGGAAGAGUAAUAGUUCCGGUUUCAAGUCCAAACAAGUUCCUGUUUCUGUCAUUUCCGACAAGGAGGCGUCUCCUAAGAACAUUCCGUCCUUAAAGCAUCCAAAUUUGAACUUCUCACCUCUUAAAAACAAAAAUGAUGCUGUCUCUCCAUUGUUGACAAAGAAACCUCUGAAAAAGGAAUUGAAGUCGUCAUCCGCGUGCACUGCUCCAAGCCGUCUUUUAAAGGUGCCACUUACUUGCAAAACCGGAUCUGGACAGAAGAUCUCGUGGGAUGUCCUCCCACCGACCAUAACUGAGCUUGGAAAGCAAGCUGUACAUCAUCGAAACAUCGCCUUUUUAGCUGCUGUACGUUCGCUUGAAGAAGCAUCGGCAGCAGAUGGUGUCAUCCGUUGUAUGUGCAUUUUUGCAGAACUCUGCGAGUCCUCUCAGAAAUCUUCUGCAGGAGCGGUGGUGCAGAAAUUUUUGGACCUCAAUCAGAAAAUGCAAAGUGCAGCAAUGAUUGUUGAUUCCUUGCUGAACUCGAGGCUUCUCGGUGCAGAUUCAACCAACUGUUUACCCCAACAGCAUUUGUCCCCAGAUGCAUGUAAAGAUUCCGCUAGUAAGAAUGCCGCUUUGUGGGUUAAGGCUGCCAUAUCAACGAAUCUGUCCCCAUUCGAACUGUCCAGAAAGCAGGACAGGGAUGAAAUUCCAAAUGGCGAGAAAUGUCAUUUUGUCGUCCUAGAGAACUCUCCUGCAGAAGACUAUGAGAAUCAUUCGCCUGCACGCAAACAAAAUAAGAGAAAUAAUGGAACCCUCUUAUCAGAUUCGAGUACUAAGUUGUCUCCGCCUGCUUCAGGUCGACUUUCUUCAGCUGCAGGGAGAUCAAGUACCGAAAAGGAAGAUUCUAGCAAGGGAGGCAGAUUAAAGGAGGCAGCAAGUUUAGCAGAAAAACUUUUCUUGGCUUCUCGCGAAUGGUUCUUGAAGUACUUAGAGGGCUCAGUAAAUAUGGGAUUCGGGCUGAGAAGAGAGGAAAGAAGCCCUGAAGCUGCAUCUCUGCUGGGGCAGCUCAAAAGGGUUAAUCAUUGGUUGGAUGAGUUGGCAUCGAAUGGAGCUCGGGAAGGCAAGAGAAUCGGGGGUUUGAAAAAGAAGUUAUGCGGGUUCUUACUCGAGCACGUUGAUUCUGCUGUUGUUGUCAGUAAGUAAAUCCAUAGCAGAACACUAACAGGAAUGGAAGAGUAGGAUAUAACUCUCUAGUGCUGACAUUUUCAAACUCAGUUAGGUACUCACAUAUAGAACCAAAGAUUUUAGAAUCUAACAGCACAACCAAAAUGUUAUUAAAAAAACGAUGCUUCAUUUCCAAGUCUUCUUUUUUGACAACACUAUCUAAACUAAACUUGCAAGAGUUUGUGAAAGCUGACAACUUGACAAGUAGAGAUGACUCUUUUAACUUUGGUUCCUUACUUUCCUUUUGCCAUUCAAUUGUAUAGCUUGGUGCUAGAGGUUUUACUUGUCCAUGGAUGAAACAUUUUGAUUGGACAUGUAUUGUUACCAUUAA